UUUAUUUUGACAGCAACACGUGGCGUGUGAGUGGAGAGCAUCAUCAUACAGCAAAAACAUUCUCGGGGUAAGGUCGAAAAAAAACAAAAAACUGGGCGGUGUGGGAAUUUGGUCACAUGGAGCGCGCAGCCUAAAAACUGACGCACUGAAAGUGUCUGAGUCAGGUUUGCUUUAGAAAGCGGACAGAGCAACUCUCUCCGCGCUCACACAGGACGCGUGCGUGUUUUUGACGUCACCCGCACAGGUGCCACACGCACUGUUGUGAUUACUCCUAACCGCGCGCGCCAACGUUUUACCAGCACUGAGAGCAUUGGGCAGCAGCCUGUAGUCACAUGAUGCCUUUUACAGUGAACCUGAUUGGCCCGUCCCCCUGGGGAUUCAGAAUUUCUGGAGGGCGAGACUUCAAGAAGCCCAUAACAGUUUCCAAGGUGAAUGCUGGCAGUAAGGCAGAGACAGCCUGUCUUCAGCCUGGCGACAUCAUCGUGCAGAUUAAUGGACUCAAUACUGGCGAUAUGCUGAAUGUAGAGGCACAAAACAAAAUCAAGAGCUGCACAACACAGCUGCAACUUCUCGUAGAAAGACCUGCUCCUCCCACUCCUGGUCAGACCAAUGGAAUCACAGAGCAACUGGUUGGCCGCUUCCAGGAGGCUGUGCAGGUGAGUCGAGAUGAGAACCAGAACUACCGAGAGUACACCAUCUCCAGCCCAGCGUCUCUGUCCCCUGGCCCGUAUUCACCUGAGCUGCCGUCCAGCCCCGACUACAGAGGGGGCAGAAUCACACCCACCAGUAAGAGCCUCCAGCUUCAUUCUUGGUCCUCAGAGGAGAAGAACAUACAGAGUCACAGACUGUCCCGACCCCUCUCUCAGGAGAUCUGUUCUGUGGAUUUCCGCAGUAACUCGGUGUCCAGCCGGACUCCAACUCCUCCUGGACGAUACUCCCCACACAGCCCCAUCGAACGAGAGGUGCCCAUGUCCCCUCGACGCAGUUCGGACUUUGCCAUGCAGAGGUUUGACAGAGACUCGGAGGUGUUCAAGAUGAUUCAGGAGAACAAAGAAUCCCGCUCGACUCCUCGCCAGUCCAACACUUUCAAGAUGCUGCAGGAGGUGCUGGAGGCUGACGAGAAAGAGGGCACCAUCCCGUUUCCAAGCAAGCUGUCGCCCAGCCCCUCCAAGACCACGUCUUCUGUUGCUGGUGUGCAGAAAUACCACACCUGUGAAAAAUGCGGCACCAGUAUAGUCACUCAAGCCGUGAGGAUCACAGACGACCGCUUCCGUCACCCAGAGUGCUACACCUGUACAGAAUGCGGGCUCAACCUAAAGAUGCGCGGCCACUUCUGGGCGGAGGACAACAUGUACUGCGAGAAACACGCCAGAGAAAGAUACCAGGGUCCCGGCAGUAACUAUCCCUCCGUCGUGUCCCCACACCACUGAGACGCCCGGUCCAGCGCCCUCCUGACACCACCUCCAGCUCCUCUGGUUGGCUGCGAGCAUUGAGAGGAGAAGACGGUGAUGUCAUUGCAAUGUUGUCCAAUUGGAGCCAAAUUGAGCGUUUGGCGUAAUGUCACUUGAAGCUUUGGGAGCCAGCACUGUUGUGUCCUCUCCUCCAGUUAUUAUACACCCCUCAAAUAGAGACUGUAAGCUUUGAUCUGUUGGAUUUGGAAGGGGCGUCUGUGUUAGUGCCUGCUAUUUCGAAGUCAACAUAUUACAGUUGAAUUUCUACAUUUGCCUGCCAGUUCCACGUGUUGUAUUAUGCUUUGAAAACAGCUUGGUUUUCAAUAGACAUUUAUCUUGGGUUUAUCUUUAAUAGUCUUUAAUUUUUUUUUUUUUCUAAUUUGUAGAGCUUUUCCAUAUACCGAGACUCAAAUGGUGAGAUGCAUCAAGUGGGCAUCAGCAGCGCUAAUGCACACAGGACUGGUUUCCUUAAUGUACUUGUGUGUGAAUAGUUGCAAACAGCUUCAUUUAUUUCAGCUUGCACUUGUUAAUGAAGGGUUUAAUGAUUACUUGGAAGUGAUUCUUAGUUUGAUAUAUAUUUCUCCCUUCAUAAAAAUAAACUAUUAUCUACAACAAGUCCUCCAUUCACACAGAAGCAUGCAUUUAGAUCUCUGCAUAGUUUAUAUGCCAUUUGCAUUGUAUUAAAUAAGGGAUAUCUAAGAAAUAUGUACAUUUAAUGUUUCUCCUUAAACUGUAUGUGGACUAAGUGGAGGGUUUUGCACGCACUUGUUUGUGUUCAAGGUUGCAUGUUUCAUUUGGACUGUGUUGUGUAUUUUCGGGUGCGAGAUGAUCAAUCACACUCUGGUACACUACAAGAGAAAGGGUUUAUUAGAGUGAAAAAAAUUGAAACAUUUGUGGAUCAACUAUGUCGGAUGAAUCAUGAAGCCUCACAUUGUGUUUGUAGGGUUGCCUCUCUUUAACUUUUCCAUUUCAAAUAAAAAACUUUCUGAUUAUCA